AUAACUUAAUAAUAAUACUACUAUUAUAAUGGCAAAAAAUGGUCAAAAAAUAAAUGCUUUUAAAAUACCGGGGGCUUGAACUUGUCAACUUGUGAACCACGGAACUGCUAAAAAGCUUACUAAAACUCUAAAACUCAGUCAAACCAACCACCUUAUUUUCAACGACAACACAACAUGAUAACAACCUCGUUUUUUCCUUCAUCAUUCUCCUUAUUCAUCCUCUUCAUUCUCUCCGCCGCCACCUUGUUCCUCCGUCGCAAAAAUGACCGGAAAACUCCACCAGGUCCACGGGGAUAUCCAAUCAUCGGUAGCCUCCACAUGUUGGGUACCCUCCCACACAGAACCCUCCAAGCCUUAUCCAAAAAAUACGGUCCAAUCAUGUCAAUACGGUUAGGACAAGUUCCAACAAUCAUUGUCUCUUCAUCUUCAGCUGCAGAACAAUUCCUCAAAACAAAAGACGUUGUUUUCUCAAGCCGUCCAAAACUUGAAGCUACUCAUUAUCUCUCUUAUGGUUCUAAAGGUUUGGUUUUCUCUGAAUACGGUCCUUAUUGGCGCAACGUAAGGAAAAUUUGUACUUUGCAGCUUUUGAGUGCUUCUAAAGUCGAGUCGUUUGCGCCUUUGAGGAAAAGGGAAAUGGAACUGGCUAUGAAAUUGGUGAAGAAAGCUGCUAGUUUAGGUGAAGUUGUUGAUGUUAGUGAGUUUGUUCAUAAUGUUAUUGUGGAUAUUGUUUAUAAAAUGGUGUUGGGGUGUAGUGUUGAUGAAGAGUUUGAUUUGAAGGGACAAAUUCAAGAGGGGAUGGAACUUUCUGGUGCUUUUAAUCUUUCUGAUUAUGUUCCUUUUCUUGGUGUUUUUGAUCUUCAGGGAUUAAAAAGAAGGUACAAGAGAACUAGUAAAGCAAUGGACCAAGUGUUGGAGAAGAUAAUUAAAGAACAUGAACAAAGUUCACAUGUACAAAAUGAAGAGAAGAAACAUAAGGACUUCGUAGACAUUCUACUAUCACUGAUGCACCAACCGAUCAACCCCUCUGAUGAACAAAACCAUGACAUUGAUCGAACAAACAUAAAGGCGAUACUAUUAGACAUGAUUGCUGGUGCAUUUGAAACUUCUGCGACCGUUGUGGAGUGGGCUUUAUCCGAGCUCAUAAGACAUCCAAGAGUGAUGGAAAAUCUCCAACAAGAGCUAGAUAACGUGGUUGGGGUGAAUAAAUUAGUGGAGGAGAAUGAUUUGGCAAAGUUAAGUUACUUGGAUAUUGUGAUCAUGGAGACCUUAAGAUUAUAUCCUGCAGGACCACUUGUGCCACGAGAGUCAACAGAGGACUCUACGAUUCAUGGUUAUUUUGUAUCGAAAAAAUCAAGAGUAAUUGUGAAUUUAUGGGCAAUAGGAAGAGAUUCUGAGGUAUGGUCUAAUAACGCUGAAGAGUUUUAUCCAGAGAGAUUCAUAGGUAAGAAUUUAGACUACCGUGGACAUGAUUUUCACUUUAUACCAUUUGGUUAUGGUCGAAGAGGAUGUCCUGGAAUACACUUGGGACUAAUUACGGUUAAACUUAUUGUCGCUCAAUUGGUACAUUGUUUUUCUUGGGAACUUCCCUCGAAUAUGACUCCAAAUGAUUUGGACAUGACCGAAAAAUUUGGUCUCUCGAUCCCAAGAUCCAAACACUUGCUUGCUGUGCCAACAUACCGUCUUUCUGAAGAAGCAACAUGAGUACAUGACCAGUCAAGUUUAUUUUAGUUCAAGGAUUGAACUAAUAUAAAUCUAUAUAUACUACUUAGGUGUCUGUCUUGUGUCUGUAUUAAAUCAUUGAAUAACAAUAAUGGAUUAGAAAUACAAAAAUGAUGUACAAAAUGAAGAUAACUCGGUAUGAACAUCAUAUAUUUCAUACAUUGAGUUAAAAACUGUGAUUUCUCUGACAUUAUGGUAUAAAUAGGGAGAUUUGUAUACAUUUUAAAAAUAAAA